UCCAUUUCCAUUUUUGUCUUUCUCUACUCCCUAUCUCUUCAAUUCUCUGCAAUUCCAAGGGUUUUCAGCUUCUGGGUUUUCCUCAAUGGGGCUUUUUCCUACCGCUAAAGCCGCUUCUGAGUCUCUCUCAAUGCAGCGUUUUCCCAUCUCUGAAGCCUCUUCUUUUGGGUCUCCCUCACUGGGGCGUCUUCCACCAGUUGAAGCUGGAUCCUCUAAGAAUCGAAGCACAGCCGGCCGCUCUCAGCAUUGUAGCCCAGACGGACCAUCACAGCACUGCUGCCCAGCAGGACCGUCGCAGCGUUGUAGCCCAGCUUGGCAGCAUGGUAGGCUGGCUGGACCCUCACAGCAUCUUUGCCCGGCCAUGCCUCCACCCAAGCCAUCAAAAUCUAUGCGAAGCCAGAGGCCAUUCAGCCCCAAAAUGGAGAGUAAUUUCUCCAGCGAUGCUUGCCUGGAUCUGAAACACCACGACAGCUCCAAUGAGGAGUUUGGGGCUACUGAAAAACAGCGUUCUUCUUCAAAGAUAGUGAUCUGCGUGGGUGGAAAGAAGCUGAGUGCUUCUGAGGAUGUUGCGGAGGAAAAGGCUGCAGGAGAAGGGGAAGAAGGAAAAGUAAAUGAAGCAAGAGAAGAGGAAGAGCAAGUCCAGGAGAAGUGGAACUUGGUGCCGAGAAAACCUGAAGGAAAAUGUAUAACUGGAGCAGGAAAGGAGCCACAGUGGCCUCAAGGGAGUCCAUCACAAAGGACUCCCAAUAAAAAACACUCUAAGAAGGAGAAGCGGAUUAAACUGUCAGUUGCACUCUCCAGGAGGGAGAUCGAAGAAGAUAUGUUUGCAAUGACUAGAUCAAGGCUGUCUAGGAAGCCAAAGAAGAGGCCCAAGAAGCUGCAGGAUAUGGUGGAUCAUCUUUCCCCUGCCUUCAGCUUGCAAACUGUUACUCCCAGUUUAUACAACAGUAGAGGUUAGAGAAGAUGGCAGCCAUAGUUUGUACUUCAUGUAUCUCCUGCAGGUUUAAUUGAAGUGCCCUCUUCUGGUGUAUCCCACCCUAAACCAUUAUAUAUGAAUGGAAGGGUUAAUUUUAACUAUUUUUUUGUGUAAACAUAUGACCUUGUAUCAAACCCUAAAUGUGCACACAAAUGGAUGAAAGGGUUAAAAAUGUGUCUAUUUCAAUUGUGAAACCUAUUACAUUGGUGGAAAAGUAAUCUCAUUUACUUUGAUGUUAA